AUGUCUGGUAUUGCUCGUGGACGUCUUACCGAGGAGCGUAAGUCAUGGCGGAAGAAUCAUCCUCAUGGUUUUGUUGCGAAGCCAGAGACACUGCCGGAUGGUUCCGUGAAUUUGAUGAUCUGGCAUUGUACUAUUCCUGGAAAAACUGGGACUGAUUGGGAAGGUGGCUUCUUCCCACUUACAUUACACUUUAGUGAAGACUACCCUAGCAAGCCUCCGAAGUGUAAAUUCCCGCAAGGUUUCUUCCACCCUAAUGUUUACCCAUCUGGAACUGUUUGCUUGUCUAUACUUAAUGAAGACAGUGGGUGGAGACCAGCCAUAACAGUGAAGCAGAUUCUCGUUGGCAUCCAAGAUUUGCUUGAUCAACCAAAUCCUGCUGAUCCUGCCCAGACAGAAGGCUAUCAUCUAUUUAUCCAGGAUACCACCGAGUAUAAGAGAAGGGUCCGGCUGCAGGCAAAGCAGUACCCACCGCUUAUCUAG